GAGUACAUAUUAAUGAUUUAUUACUAGCAUUAAAAGGUAUAAUUUUUACAUCAAUAUUUUACCUAUUAGUAUUAGUAAUCAGUGAGACUUGAGAAUAAUAACAUUUCAUAUUGUAAUUCUAUUGUGUAGUUUAUUGAUAUUUAUAGCCUUUGACUGUAACUAGAGGUCGAACCGCUCUAAGUAAGUUAGUCGAAGAUGGAUGGAUGAUAAUAGUGAUAAUUUAUUGAAAAUAAAUCAGCACUAUAUAUAGUACAUAGGAACAAAGGUGAAGAUGUACAUUAUCCUCUAAUAACUAGUAUCAUUCAAUUCCAAUUAGAAGUAAAAUAUCAACGCAAUAAAUUCUGAAUUCUUUUAAAUAAUUUUUUUGUGAUAGACGACAGUCGCUUUUACUUGGAUUUAAUGACUAACAUCGUAUUUAAACAAACUUAAUAAGUUUAUAUUAAUUUUCUCAUUUUUUCUGUUUGUACAAUAACUCACAAUUCGAUAGUUCUUGUGUUUAGUGUUUGUAAUUGAUAUGUAUCUUGUAGUAUAUUUGAAUCAAAAAAAAUAAAUAUAUAAUCAUGAUUUUAAUAGCAUAUUCUCGACAUGAUCAAGUGAAGGAUGGUUUCAUUGAAAACGAUGGUAUAAAUACAUUAAUCAAAAUAGCAGAUCCAUUGUUAACAUCAAAAGAAACAGAAGAAAGAAUUUAUAGUAUGGUGGACAAGGAUAUCGAAAUUCGAAUCGAAUCAGCACGUGAAGCAGGAGCUGAUGAAGACAUGUUAGAUAAAAUACAUCGAGAACAGCUGAUGAUGCAUAAAGUUUUUAUCAAUUUACUUAAUGAUAUAGGAUUAUUGGCAUUGCAAUGUCUUCAUAUGAUAUCAUUUAAUGACAAAGCAAAAGAAAUCUUAACGACAAAUGAAGUAUUCCUAUCAAAAGUUCUAGAUAUUGCUCACGAUCGUGCCAUGAAACGAAAAAACAGACCCUUAAAAAAUACCAUUGAUGAUUUACUACGAGUAUUAGGACAAGAUAAAGGAAAUGAUAUAGAAAUUGUUCAAGAAAGAGACGAAAAUUAUGAUGGUAUGGAGUAUCCUCUUUCUCCUGUGCCAGAAGAAACUUAUUCACGAUUGCAAUCAGUAUCCGAGUUUCCUAUGCCUUCUUCUCCUCUACCAGAGGAAACAUCUUCACCUAUUCAAUUAGCAUCGGAGGUUCCUGUUCCUUCUUCUCCAUCACGAGAAAAUUCUUCACCUAUUCAAUCAACAUCGGAGGAUCCUAUUCAUCCUUCUUCUCCACCACGUGAAACUUCUUCACCUAUUCCAUCAACAUCCGAGGUUCCUACUCCCUCUCCUCCACCACGAGAAACUUCGUCACCUACUCCAUCAACAACCGAGGUUCCUGUUCCUUCUCCUCCUCCACCAGAAGAAACUGCCACAACUAUUCAACCAGUAUCGGAGAUUCCUUUUUCUUCUUCUCCUCCUCCACCACGAGAAACUUCUUCGCCUGUUCCAUCAACAACCGAAGUUCCUGAUGCUGGUUCUCCUCCACCAGAAGAAGCUACUUCACCUGUUUCAUCAACACCAGAAGUUCCUAUCAUUUCCACUCGUACAUUCGAUGAUUAUAAACAACUUCCAAUUGAAUUAUGGUCUGAGCAACAUGUCGAACAAUUUCUUAUCGAUAAUAAAUUAGAUGAAAUGGUUGCAUUAACUGAAUCUAUGAAUGGUGAAGAACUUUCUCUAUUAUAUGAUAAAUGUCAUGCGCAUCAAGAUUAUUGGAUGAUGUUCGAUCGUUUAAAUAACGAAUUAGAAAAACGAUCGGAACAACCACUUCGAAUAUCUGUAUAUCUCCGAUUUUUAAAUCGAAUACAAAAAUAUAUUCAAGUAUCAGCCUUUUAA